CCGCUGGAAUAAUUGUUAUCUACAUGUUGAGCAUCCUUAUACCAGUCCUAAACCCUCAAAUUCUGUCUUCGCUUUCGCUUCGACUGUGCAGUUCAUCAACGACGACUGACCGACUUAUUUGAUGAGAAAGCGACAACCACCAUACACGCACACUUCCUUCUAAUCCUAAGCCAUUGGUUGAUUUUUCAGUCACAGCGAGCGGAUAUGGUGACCAAGCUCUUUCUCACUCUUAGACCCCACUCUCUUCCACUUUACACACUCUACCCCAAAUUCCCAACCCUCUCUCUCCCCUCCUUCACCACCACAGCCACUGCGGAUCAACAACUUCCACACCACCUAAAACUCUCCUCCUAUGGACCUUCCCUUCGCAAGGGCAAAAUACCCUCAAUGCCCCUAUCUCAACCCUCCAUCCAAAACCACCCGGAAGAACAGCCACCACAAGCCAACGAUGAUUGUUUGCUCGACGAAGACAAAUUCGUCAGGAUUUUCGACAUGGCGGCGCUUCGAGUCCCUUCCAAAGACUGCUUCGCCUUCGAGAGCCGCCUCCGAGGUCACCUCUUGAACUGGCCUCGCAUCCGCAACAUUGCUAGAGUCCCCGGCGACGACAUCGUUGAUGAGCUCGCACAGCUUGUAGGGAACCAUCCAAACGAAGAAGAAGAUGAUCUUGUUUCGGUGAAUCGGCGUUUAUAUGGGAAAGCAGAGGACGAUGGAGAGCCGUUGAGUCCGGUUCUGUACAGAGAAAAGCUCGUGAAGACUUUCAGUUCUCGUGGGUUUGUGAAAUUCCGCAACCUCGCGAGGUUGUCGAGGCCAAAGAGGAGGAAGAAGAAGAGAGAGGAAGAGAAGGGUAAAGGGAAUGCUAAGAGGACUGGGAGGAAUGAAUUGGCUAUGGUGGAGGUUGUGGAGGAUGAUGAAGAACAAGAGGGGAAGGAUAUGAAGGGUCUUCUGGGUGAUGAAUUCGUUGGGAAGAAAUGGAGGGGUUCGACAAGGUUGUUGCUUUUGGAUGAGAGAUAUGCGAAUAAAUGCGUGGAAGAGUUGCCUGAGGCAAUUAAGGCUGUACUGAAAGAAAACACUGGGCAGAGUAUGGCAUCAAUUUUUGAGCUUGUAAGAUGCAAGCUGACUCUGUUCUAUGGUUACUGGCAGAUGAAUGAGAUCUUGGAGGAUUUGCUGCCCAAGGGUAUGAUUAUUCCUUCAGCAUUUGAAACAGUUGGGCAUAUCGCACACCUGAACUUGAGAGAUGAACAUAUACCAUACAAAAAGCUCAUUGCAAAGGUGAUUCUGGAUAAAAAUAAGCCAAAGAUUCAAACAGUUGUCAAUAAGAUUGAUGUCAUUCAUAAUGACUACAGAACAAUGCAGCUUGAGGUUUUGGCUGGCAACCAUUCCCUUGUGACCACAGUAGUUGAGAGUGGAUUGCGGUUUCAGGUUGAUUUAGCAACGGUGUAUUGGAAUUCUAGGCUUGCAACUGAAAGGCAAAGGCUUUUGAAUGGCUUUACACGCAAUGAUGUUGUUUGUGAUGUUUUCUCUGGUGUUGGUCCAAUAGCUAUAUCAGCUGCAAAGAUUGUAAAAAGAGUAUAUGCUAAUGACUUGAAUCCUUAUGCAAUUGACUAUUUGGAAAGAAAUUGUGUCCUCAACAAACUUGAAAGGAAGAUUAAGGUCUUUAACAUGGAUGGGAGGAGAUUCAUUAUAGCUAUGUUUUCAAGUGAAAGAGCCCAUUCAAUAACACAAGUGGUGAUGAAUUUGCCAAAUGAUGCUGCCGAAUUUCUAGAUGCAUUUCGGGGAGUAUUAAGAGAGAGACCUCGGGAUGAAGAAUUCAGCUUGCCAACGAUCCAUGUAUAUGGAUUCUCUAAAGCUCAAGAUCCAGAGUUUGACUUUCACGAGAGAAUAAGAAUUUCUCUGUCAGAAGUGGCAGUUGAUGUAGAAAUGCGUAGGGUACGCCUUGUAGCACCAGGAAAAUGGAUGUUGUGUGCAUCAUUCGUCCUCCCUAAGAGUGUUGCUUUUGCAAAGCCUGUGUUGGAAGCUUGAAGCUCGUAUAUGUCAUGGGCUUUAAACUUUCGUAUGAUAUACUAAUUCAAUAUUUAACCUGUUACUUUCCCCGAUAUGGUGAUUCCCAUUUUUUGUACCAGUGAAAUUAUUAUUAUAUUAUUUUUUGUAUAUAUAAACCAAUCAUUUCUAUAUUUA